AACUACAAACACGGAUGGUGGCUCUGUCCAGCAUUUGACGUCGACACAGGGUUAGUUGUUAAUUAAAUACACUAAUAUGUGGCAUAUUUACAUUGACGUUGAAAAUGCAACGUACAGACUUAUUGCUUUUCUAAUAUUCAAGCAGUUUUGAAAUUCUUGUUGACCGACGUAACAACUUUCACACACCUGUAACGUUACAGUUUUAAAUGGGGUAAUUUAGCGCGAACAAUAGCGUAACUGGCUGUCCUAACCUAAUUAGUUGUAGCUAGCGAACAUUAGCUCAUUUUUAGCACAAAGGCAUUAGCUGACGACAGUUAACGUUCUCCCGGCAUGGAGCGGGAUAUUCGUCAGUAUCUCACCGAGGCAAAGGAGCGACAAGACUCUGGAGCUCUGCAGUCAGCUUACCGUUUACUUGAGAACGUGGCGGUGGUUGGAACCAGCGGACGAACUCCACGUAUUGCCCCGGAGUUAUACGUCGUUUGUGCAGAAGCAGCUCUACAGCUGGGCUGUUUGGAGAUAAGCACAGCGUGUCUAAAGAUGUACUUUGAAGGGAAUCCGCCGGCUAAUCAAUUUUUGUGUCGAGCCUACCUCUGCCGGGGCCAGCUGAAGUCUCCGCCGGCCACUGGCAGUGUGGGAGACUUUGAAGAGGCUGUGCUGUGUUUUCUUAAAGCAAUUGAAAUUUCAAAGCAUGAACCAAGAUACUUCUUCCUAGCGUUCAACGCCUCGGUGCUGUACCUCCAGACAGUGCGUCCUCUCCUGCAGCCGGGGCGGUGCCGCCGCCUGGUCCCCUCCCUCGGGCAGGUGGUCCAAAGUCUGGACGAGGUGGCAGACCGGGACCACAGCUGGAGGGCUGAGCUCAUGAUGCAUCUUAUUAAAUGUCUCGUGGACGCCGGUGAAAUGGAAGAUGCUGCAAGUUUUGCCAAAGUUACAGAAGAAUUCAUGAAGUCUCACAUCCCACAUCUCUAUCCGAGACUCUUUACGUUACUGGUACAACACAAGCUGACAGAGAGGGAUGUCCUCAUUGAACUGAGCAGGCAGUGUACUACCUUGGCAGUCAUUUACAGAAUACAGGAAUUAAAAAACAAGUUAGAAGAAAUAAAUGAGGUCGAACCAACAAAAGAGGAGCUCGAGCAGAUCUUUCGUCUCCUGAUGGAUUGCACCGAAGCAUCUGCUGCAGCUGUGAACUCCAGUCCUCCUCAGAGCCCGACACCCAUCCAACCAGCUGACAGAGUCUCCCUCCUCCUGGAGUUGGCUCUGCUGGCCUUGCGAGUGAAGCGUCACGAAGUAGCUGUCGACUGUUUGAAGGAGCUGAGGUCGGCGGGAGAGACUAGUCUUGGCCAGCGCGUAAUAAUGGAAUGUGUCAGCUGUGACGUCAACCUCCAGAAGAGAGAGGGGAAGACGAACGACUACUCCAAAGCCAGCGUGGAGGCCCGGCUGAAGGAGAUAGGCAAGCUGGAUCAGUGGCUGCAGACGGCGGUGAGGGAGGGGGACCCUCAGGCUGCGCAGGCGGUGUGUGCCGCGCAGUGGAGCUCCUGUCUGCCCCUCAUGCAGCACAACCUCAGGAAACGCAUCAGGACGCCUCUGCUCAGGGUGGCCCAAGUCCUGGAAGACAUUCAAAGUGCGCUGCUGGAGACGCGCUGUCAAGUCCACUCGGAGCUGGCAGCGAUUGAAGAGGAGGACGGGCGCCUUGAGGCUUCUUUGACUCACCUUCAGAAAGCCCUGCUGCUGGAUAACGGGACGCGACAAGAGCGCCUGUCGUCAGCUCUCCGCCUCCUGCAGCUCAGGGGCACCCUCUACCAAUCGCCCCCCCGGGCUGAGGAUAAAGCCGAUAUGCUUAUGCAGCAGGCCAGGGACAUGCAGCCCCAAGACAGGACGGACAGCCGUCCCGUCCUGGUCUCCGUGGGUCAGCUUUUGGCCCCUGACCAUUUCCAGAUGGUGCUGGAUGCUGACGACACCUCCAAAAUUCCCGUAGGCGGUCUAGGAUCUGGACCAGUGGCUCAGCUCUCUGCGAAGGCGCAGCAUCACUCUACAUCUGUGCGGAAGCUGGACGGACACCUGGCCAGACAGGGAGAUGACACAGACAACACAGAGAGAGUGAAGCUGUGGGCAACGCUGGUGAAGACGGCCAGGAAACAGGAAGUGUGGGAUGUGUGCCGAGCUGCUUGUCGAUUCUGUUUGCUCUACGACGACGGCAGAUGGAAGAUCUCCGAGACCGACGAAUGCAGGUCCUCGGAGGAGGAAAGCGGUGCAGAACCUCUUCACGGUUGCAAUCGAAGCCAAACCUGCGUGAGGGACUUGCUGCGGCUUUUUGCCGAAAUCCGCUUCAUCAGUGCUGAGGCCACCGUCCAAAAGCUGCUCACAGAGGGGGUUCAGCUCAACGGCCCUGCUGUCCCCGCAGUGGAGAGUGAGUUGUGUGUGUCUGAGGAGGAUCCACACUGGGUUGUUUACAGGAACCGCACUCUGUUCGUGCUGCUCUGUGAUGCUGUGGCCCGGGGAUUGAUUCAGCCUCUGUGCGGACCAGACAGCGCCGAGCAAGCCCCGCCAGGAGACGAGGGUAGAAACAGACAGGAGAAGGCUGCCAGUGCCCACGGGGCUUUCUUAGACCCUGCUGCCCUUCAGGAUGUCCGUAAGGCAUCUGAGCUGUGUGACUUCGGCCUUCGCAUGUCCACCUGUAACACCCCAGGGGAGGCCGCCCCCAUCGCAGCAAGGAAACGGGUGGUGGCCACGUGGGUGCAGGUCAGGAGGCUGCUGCAGCAGGAGAUUGGCUCAAAGAUGGACACUAAAGAUGAGUGUGAGAACGAGGAGGUGUCGGCGAUGACGCGCGUGCUGGUUGCAGUGGAGAUGCUCCAGUGCAACAGGAACCUGAGGCAUGGGGAGUUCUGUGUUCCCGGUCUCCCGUCGCUGGUGAGCAUGGCGUCUGAAUGCAGCUGGACUGACGCCGUGGUGGAGUUGCAGGUGUGGUGCCAGCUGGCUGCCUGCUGCCACCAUGCUAAGGACCACAGCUUGGUGCUGCGCUGCACCGAGCGUGCUCUGCAGCUGGAAGAAGCAGCAGCAAAGAGCCUCAGCGCCAUGCCCUGUGUUUUGUACGGCCUGCCUGCGGUGAACGAACUGCUGAGCAGUGCCGCUUGUUUGCGAGGUUUGAGUUUAGUCCACGAGUCCAGUGGAGAUCUACACACCUACAGGGAGGCUAUGAAGGUGCUUCUGUCCAGUGUCAGCGAUGCAGAGAAGGCUGAGGAUCCAGCGUUGUGUGUGGCAGCUGCCAGGCAUUACUGGAACACAUGUCUACCCCUGACUCAGUCUCCUGGGGAAAGAUGGCAGCUCCAAGAGCCCCUGGAGAAGAUCCUGACUGCUCUGGUUAACACCAACAUCAAGCAUGCAAACAAGCAGGGCAAAGUGAAAGGCUCGCUCACCUUGACAGCACUGCCUCUUGGGAGUUCUAAGCAUGAAGCAACAGAUGAAGAGGACCUCGCCCUGAGAGCAGCCAUAUACAGUCUGUUGCUCCACAUCCACAUCGAUAAAACCGACUGGAAAAGUGCUCUGCAGCUGCUGGACCGAGCUAUCAGAGACAUGCCUCGCACCAGACACCGGCUACCGCUGCUGAAACACAGAAUACUGCUCAAAGCUCAACAGGGGAAAAGCGUACUGACGGACAUGCAGAAGUUACAAGACGAAGGAGAGCCGUGCUGUUCACUAAUGUGGCACCGGGUGGCACUGUGUGCUGGCAACAUAACCCAGCAGCUCACCUGCUACCAGAAGUCCAUCACCUCUCUGUCGAGUGAAGAGACUCCGUGGCAGAAGGUCAGCCUUCUGCUGGAGUUUGGAGAGUGGUUGUACUGUCACAACUUCCCCGAAGCCGAUGCCCAACACCAGGUCCAGUGGGCCAUAGACAUCCUUCUACACUUGGAAAGUGAACAGGCAGAAGGAUCAGAGGACGACUCCAAAAAACAGGAUCUGAGCUCAGUGGAAGGCGAGUCCCUGGUGGGAGUACGGGGCGUGUUAUUGACGGAAAGUUUGUCGGAUCUGAAGGAUGUGCGGCGCCUCGACAGCUUGGUACGAGCACACGCACUGCUCGCUGUCAUGGCGGACAGGACUUCACCUGAGCACCAGCUUAACCUGCUCAGAGCCUGUGUCUUUGUGCUGCGGAUAUGGCAGGUGUCCAUGGCGGUAGUUUGGGAGAUUUCCAAUGAGAUGGCAAAGAGCCAGCCUCCGACCUCUGCUUCAUCCAAAAGGGACAAAGCCAAGGGCAGAAAAGGGAAAGCUCCUACCCCUGCAGAAGAGAGACAUAAAGCCGUUGUCUUGGAUCAGGAGCUUCCUUCCACGCCACAGGACUGGGCUCGCUACGUCUGUCCUGAACAGGCCCGGCUCAUCUUCAGAACCAACACUCAGCCCCACUGCAUCAAUGCACACAGCAUUACAAAGCAGACUCAAAGCCUGUUUUAUCUCGACCUGCUGGAAAAGGAGCUCCACUCCCUCUCACUCGACCACCUGACGCUGCCCAUCAUGCAUCUUGCUGAGACCAUCGCUCAUGACCUUUUGGAUAGGAGGAGCCUCUCCGACCUCUACCGACUGAGAAUUGUGAGGCGCUGUAGUCAGCUGGGUUUGGAGACACAUUCACCGUAUCAGGAGAAGCUCCUGAAUCUGAGUAAAAUCCAAGAACAAGAACAGAUGGGGUGCCACAAAGUGAUGGCUUUGUCACAGGAGAGAAGAGGCCUUCACAAAGCUUCCAAUCAGACGGUGGAGGUGGGUGGAAUGGCUGGCUUUGGGCGACCGAGGAGUGAUGUGUGUGCUCAGGACAUCUGGCUGGACAAAGCUGAGGUUUGCCUCAGCAUCGGGCUCCGUCAACCAGCCAGGCAGCUCCUGGCAGAGGCCCACUCUGUGGCCCUGGAGCUCAGAGACCUGAAAGCAGUGGCUAGAAGUCUGCUCAGUCUGGCCACUCUGGCUUGUGAAGAGCAGAACUUUGGGCAGGCUUUGAUCCUGCUGGACAAAGCCAGCGCUCUGGGUGGGGAUGAGGAGUUCUGGUACCAGCUCACCCUCACCAAGCUCAGAGCUGUAGUGGGCCAGGGAGAGCAAGACGCACACACCAAGGCUGAACAGAUUAUAAAACAAGGCUGUGUGGCUCUGAAGCUGGUUCUGGAGCAGCGGGUAAACCGAGCCCCAGGAAUCACUUUCUUGAUCACCUCAUUAGAGAUGAGGGGAGCCAUUGAAUGUAUACGUGCCCUUGGUGGCAGUGAACCCGGAAAGAGAUUAAGCAACGAGGUUGUGCAGAGGCUGAUGGCCGCCUGUGACACACUCGGAGAGUGUGCCAGUGGUUUCACUAAACUCGGCUACAAAGAACACGCAGCGGAGACGCAUGUGGAGUACGCACAUGGUCUGAGAAUCCUAGCCAGCCGUACUGCUCACACAGAAGACGAACAGCGCUUCCUGCUCGAUGGCCUCUCCCAAAUGCAGCUGGCUGUGACAGAGCAGGAACAUGUGGCGCUGAAUGCUCAGACGCUGCUCCCCCCACAGGAGGAGAGUCCUGGAGUGUCACUGGCAGCCGCGCGGAGGCUGCUGCGUCUGCAACUGGCCCUGGCAGAGUUUAGUCUGGCCGUGCUGGAGGAGCACUGUGCUGAGACGACACGCCGAGCUCUGGCCCGCCAGAGGAAAACCUCUGCUGAGAUAGCGCUGGAGGAGUUCACACGCUGCCCACCUGAGCCCAACUCCAUAGAACAGGAAUGGCUGAGUGUGGGCAGUACCUUGGGGCAGGUGGUCCUGGGCCAGCUGACUGCGGUCAGCUCUCACUACCCGGACAACAUGCAGGCCAGAGCUUUCUGCCUGAGUCUGAUGGGAAAAUACCUCCGACUGCUAGCUGUGCAGGAGGACCCCAUGUACCUGUGUGCUCGCUGGGUCAGACAUGAACAGGAGGAGGCCUGGUCCGACCCCAAAGCCGUUUCCGCGGAGGAGGAGAACUCGGAGAAAGACGGAGAAUCAAUCAGACGAGAGGCGAGGGUGACCUCUGCCAAAAGUGCUGAGCUGCAGCGGAGGAGGCGUAGAGCCCAGCAGCUGUUGGCACAGGCCAGUAAGGCAUUGGCUGAGGCCGUCAGCCUGUGCCUCCAACACAAGCUGCCCUCCUCCAUCCUGGCUGAUGCCUCUCUCAACAUGUUGGAGUGUCAUGGCCAGUCUGACCCUGCAGCGUCAGGUCAAUACCUUGCCCUGUUUCAGAGCUGCCAUGCUGUCGCUGCGAUGUCCGAGGUCCUAAGCUCUGCCUGCGCCGGCACCAGUGCGUCCCAGCUCUCGGCUCUGCUCAGCCUGCACAGGAAGCUGCUCCUCUCUCAAGAGGAGAGGCCCAGCGGCAUGCUGAAGGGAGCGGAGGACUCCCUCAAUAGCCUCUCCAAGGCCUUCAGCCAACUGACCAUCCAUCCCAGCCACCUAAAGAUCCUCGCAGAGCUUCCGCCCAACCUGAACAUCCUGCUGCUUCAGCACUCUGAAGACGGGUCAGAACUGUACGGGGCCUUCUAUGAGAUGACCAAAGCUCCAGAUCAAAAGGGAAAGACGACGCAAGCUCCAGGUACCCUGACGUGCUCUACGGUGGCCAAGGUUUCAGUCUGCCCGCGGGCUCUGCUGGCACUGAGGGACCAGACUUGGGCCUUUGGCCUGGAGACGAGACAUGCCCUCAGCAAGCAAGCCUGUCGGCAGAGGGCCGAGGGCGGGCCGGAGGCCUCCGAGGAGCCCCGUGCUUUUCCCCGCAAAACUGCCGCAGAAGAAAUGUUAGGAGCUCACUUCAGAGAAGUAGUACAAGAUAUGGAAGACUAUUUGAAUCCACUCCUCACACAGUUUGACUUCUCAUGCUUAAGAACCCAGGCUGCACCACCAGCAGUCCCUCAAGUGACCAAAACCAAAGAGAAAGAAGAGAAAGGGAGCUCAGCUAAAUUAGCAGCAGAGCCAGGGAAGUGUGUGGUGUUGCUGGCAGACAGGAAGUUGCUGGAGUUGCCGCUGGAAGCGUUGUCCAUCCUGCAGGACCAAGGCCUGACUUCUGUGUCUCGAGACUUCUCCCUCCAGCUCCUCCACAGUCGCCUGAACAGAGAGGAACCAGACAAAGUUGAAAGUGACAACAAGAAAGAGACCAAAGGUGGCAAGGGAAAUAAGGGGAAGGCAGAUCAAAGACAAGCCAUCAAAGUGAUACCUGUGAAUCGUGUGUUGCCUUCUAACACCUUCCCAGUGGACACGCGUCACGUGAAAUAUAUUGUUGACCCUCAUAAUGAAGGCAACUUUGAAGGGACCAGUCUGAGCGUGAGGAUGAAGGAGAUUUUGGAAACCCACAGCCAGCAUUGUACCCAUGUGUGGGAGGGCUUCAUGGGCAGCAGAGAAACGCCCAGUGUGUCCGAGAUGGAGCAGCUGCUGUGCAGAUGCAGUGCCUUCAUUUACCUGGGGAUGGAGCGCUUCAUGGCAAACGUCCCACCGGCCAAACUGGCAGCCUUCAAUCUGUCUGAGUGCCGCAUGGCUCUGCUCUUCGACCUGACUCAGAACAGUGCCAGUGUUCUCCGCCAAUCAAACCUCGACAUGUCCAAGAGUGCAGCACAGCUGGACCUGGAGAAACCCCUGGAGACCGCUCUGCUGCUGAGUUUGUGUGGUGUCGGCUGUAUUGUCCUCCACCAGUGGCACAGCAGCCUUCAGCAGAACACACGCACGAUGCUCAAUGUGCUAGACAAUUUACUGAGGGUCAGGCAGACCUCUGGCCAGACCGUCCACGCCCUGAGGAGAGGGGAGGAUCAAGUGCUCCGCAGUGACUCGGAGGGAGACGAUGCUCGCCGCAAAACCACUCUCGCACCAGCAGCCUUCAACUGCAUUGUCUAUGGCCUCCCGAACUUAAUUGUCACCUAAUACGCAGUAUACCCUCACUGCUAUUUCAAGAUUAUUACUGAAUACAUAUCAGCCGGCUUUGCAAAUAUGAACUAAAGCUACUGUAACAUGAGGGGGGGGGGGGGGUAGAUAUUUCAUUAAAGGUGAUCCAUGAGUCUUCACCUCUACGUUUUCCAUAGUCAAUGUUUUUAAUGUUGUUGUUACUGUACACAGCAGACGUAAGGUGCAACGUGCUCUCAGUGCUGUGGGAGAGGGUAGCUUACAGAGGUGGCCCCUCCCCCUGUAUGUAUCCUAUUCAUUACAUUACUAACGUUGCUGCUGAUAUUGCCCUGACGAGUUGUACACUCGGGAUCAGUCAAUAUAUUGAGUGUUUAGAGAGCGCUGUCCACCUCGGUCACCAUGAUUACCGAUGUGUCAUUGAUGUGGUUGAGCAUCAGCGAACGGGAGGAUUGAGCUGAGGUCAAAGCAAACGCUGUGACUGAACACAAAUGGACGAAAUCCUACAAAAAAAGAGGACUGAGCUCGAAAACAAAGGCUCACAGCCAGCUACGCUGUGAGUGCACUGACGUUCUCUUAUUGCUUGUAAUGUCUCGUUUAUUGAAGCUUUCAUUGUUAGUGCUGCUUUAGUCUCUCGUUGACAGUGUUCACAGUUCCGUCGUCUUGAUUCGUCACAUGAAACUCUCGGUUGAACAAUUUUUCAACGUUGACCCCCACAAACACUCACUGUGCGUCACACUGCGUCAACAUGAAAACCACCAGAAGUCUCUUUGGUGGACUUCAGUUCAGAGGAGCUGGAUUCAUCCUUUUCAUGGAAAUGAGGCUCAAAUUAAACAGAACUGUGUUCCCUCAUUUUCAUUUAGAGGAUGCCCUUGUCAGACAUUGCAGCGCCCGCUUAAUCCUUCUACGUAUUGUUGUAUUUCACUGAAUGUUAAUUUGGUACAUUUCUAAAUGUUAAAUAAAAACAUCCCAUGAGGAAAAGAAA